AUGCCAAGGAAAAACAGCAAUGUGGGUCGUAGAGCAUGGAACUUUCUUCGUCUAGCAAUCAUAUGGGCUAGAAAAGGUGGCGUUUUCAAGCGGAGGUUUCUCAUGGAUCACCUCCGCCUUGUCCCCAAGUUCAUCAAGACGCUUGGCCACUCAACGCCCCGUGGUCACCUACAUUAUGGUGAUCACGAGCUUUCCUUCGACGAAACGCCUGUUUUUCACAUAAAGAUGCAUCGUCCUACCUCCAUGCGAUUCCACAUACCCUGCAUUACUCCGGAGACGGUUGAUUUUGAAUACGAGUUUGAAGACGACUGUGACAGUGACGAUGAUGGUAGUGAAGUUUAUAGCCAGGGUAGCGAGCGGAGAAGUUCGGGAUAUGAUGGUGGGGAGGAACAAGAGGAUGAAGAAGAAGUGGAAGAAAAUGGGAUUGAUUUGAGAGCUGAGAAGUUCAUAGCUGAGUUCUAUGAGCAAAUGAAAAUGCAAAGACAGAUUUCAUUUUCGCAAUAUGAUAAAAAUCAUUGA